AGCGCUCGACCCCAAUGAGCCCCUUAGGAAGGGAGCGAAAAGAAGGGGCGAAUUGCAGCUGUGACGUGGGCGUCGUUGUUCCAUUCACCGCGCUCUCCAUGGCAACGGGGCAGAAGCUGCAGGCACGCGCCCCUCUCCCCUUUUCUCUGUCUCUGGACAGCGUCCUAUAAGGGCAGCUGCGGGCUUCAGAAACUCCUCUGAAAAUUUUUUUUUUUUAUUUCCAAGUAACAUUUUUCCAAAUGUUGGCUAAUUUGGUAACUUUGGAACUUUUACGCAGCGUCAGGACGCACGAAACUAUCCACAUCUGACCCACUGACCUACAUCAGAGACCAAAUUGAGCUGAAAUGUUUCAUUUUCUUGUAAUUAAACAAGUUUAGUCAUUUCUCUGAGCACUCAGCUGCUACAUUCCCUCUCUGUUUUGUGCGCUAACGUGCUUGUAUUGUUAGGCAGAGUGAUUGGGGUUUCUGUACAAUCUCCCGUGACCAAUGAGCGGGGUGCUGUCAGGGGUAACUACAUCUGUCAAGCGUUCUUGGCCAAUAAAGAGCGGAGCGAGGCGGACCACAGGUGCGCGCCUCUGCGUCCCCUUGGCACAGCGCCCGGGAGAUGCUGGAGAGACGCCUUGCUGCCCCGUGGCGCAAAAGAGUUACUGUCAGAGGCAGCCUCCUUUUAACUCCAGCUUUCACUCUGUUCCACAUAGUUAUGGCGACCGCAACGUCCAACCACUACAGCGUGCUCACCACCCCCAGCAGCGCGCCGCCGCCUCACUCGGAGUCUGGGAGCAUGCAGCAGGCGGCAGCAUACAGAGACGCGCACGCCCUGCUCCAAAGCGACUACGGCACGUUACCAGGUGGUGGGCAUCCGCUCAGCCACGCGCACCAGUGGAUCACGGCGCUGUCUCACAGUGACAGCGGUGCGCCCUGGCCAUCCAGUCCCCUCGGAGAGCAGGACGUGAAGCCCAUACUGCAUGACAGUGACCGAGAGGAGCUGCAGAACUCCAGCAGUCUGCAACAGCAACAGCAGCAACAGCGACACCCUCACCUCGCGCACCAGCAGGCGCAUCACGACGCCAGAGCAUGGCGAACCAGCACAGCCACAACGCACAUCUCCGGUAUGGCGGCGUCUGAGGGCCAGAGCCUGACGUACUCCCAGUCCGGCUUCGCGCUGAUGCCGGGAGGGGAGCAAGGAGGGAUGCACCACCUCCCCCUGCGGGACGAGGAGCACCACAGCCAGAGUCCGCACCUCAGUGAGCCCGGGGCCCACCACCAGUCCCUCUCCCACCACCACCAGCACGGGGGCCACCAGGACCAGUCGGACGAGGACACGCCGACCUCGGACGAGUUGGAGCAGUUUGCCAAGCAGUUCAAGCAGCGGCGGAUCAAGCUGGGCUUCACGCAGGCGGACGUGGGGCUGGCUCUGGGGACGCUCUAUGGAAACGUUUUUUCUCAGACCACCAUUUGUAGGUUCGAGGCUCUUCAGCUCAGCUUCAAAAACAUGUGCAAACUCAAGCCCUUGUUGAACAAGUGGCUGGAGGAGGCGGACUCCACGUCGGGGAGCCCCACCAGCCUGGAUAAAAUCGCAGCGCAGGGGAGGAAACGGAAAAAGAGGACCUCCAUCGAGGUGGGCGUCAAAGGCGCUCUGGAGAGCCAUUUUCUCAAAUGUCCAAAACCAGGAGCGGCGGAGAUCAACUCCCUGGCGGACAGCCUGCAACUGGAGAAGGAGGUGGUCAGGGUUUGGUUUUGUAACCGGCGGCAGAAGGAGAAGAGGAUGACGCCCGCUGGGGGACAGAUAGCAGGAGAGGACAUGUACGGGGACACCCCUCCGCACCACGGAGGACAGACUCCUGUGCAGUGACCCCCCGUGCGUCAUUUGGAGAGAAAAAAAGACCCCAAACGGAGGCGUAAUCCCUCCUUUUCCUAUUUAAUUCUCUGUGCUGGAGCGGCUGGAACAGUGGAUGUUGGAAGGACGCAGAGCAGCGAUGGAGAUCUGACUGAGCUAAUAUGUGCUAACCAAAAAAAGAAGAGGAAAAAAUGAAAGAAAGACAACAACAUUGGGAUAAAAGCAACGCGCCUUUCUGUAGCUCCUUUUUUCACAGAGGCGUCUUUGUGUUUUAGAGGAGAAUGUGAUGGAGGGUCUGCAGGUGGGAACAAAAACUAGUUGGAGGCUGGAGGCGGUGGUCGCAGGGUGCGGGGACGCACGACGCACGCCAUGUUUCCAUCACAACAACACCGACGGGAGCAGAAAACGCAGCACGGGGGAGAAAUUAUUAUUAUUAUUAUUAUUAAAGCACUAUUUUAUGUUGUGUAAGUUAUUGAAAAUCUAGAAUUUACUUGAAUAAUUUGCAUUUUCUCUAAAUAAUUAUAAUAUUCUGGUAAUUAUAAUAAUAAAAUAAUAAUAAUAAUAAUAAUUGACCAGAGCUGCAUUGUGUUGCGCCUGUUUACAGUGUAUUUUUGCUCUCUUUAGUUUUAUUUGAUUUUAUUUUAUUGACUCUCGCUUUUUGUUUUUCCAAAAUGCUGUGAUUCCUAAACGACCGAGACUGUCUAGGCUGGAUAAAAACUCAGAGACCCCCCCAGUCCUUUCUGCCUCGGGUUCCAAAUAAACCCCAAAAAAAGAAAAAAAAA